AUGGAGGACAGCCCCUACGUGGUGCGCACCUACCCUUUUGCCGCGGGCUUUGCGCUGCUGCAGCUGGCGAGCACGGGGCUGCUGCAGCCCCUGGGGCCGGGCACCCUGGAGGGCAUAUGGCGGGGCCUGUGCCUCUACUACCUGGUGCUGCUGCUGGCCUUUGGGGCCCGCUGCAGCUGGCGGUCAAAGAAGAUGGCGCUGUGA